UUAUUUUUUCUUAAACUCCAGUCCCACGAGUACCCUCGUUUGUGGUAGACCCAUCUCCACGAGGCGCGAGGCUCCCCCCUCUUCGUCCGCAAUGGAGCUCUCUCUGAAACGCACAACGCUCAUGGCUCUUCCCUCUUAUCUCCUCCCUCCUCUCUCCAGCUCCCUCUCCUCCCCUAAGUACGCCCUCUCUCUCGCCCCCUCCCCGCUUCUUCGUCUCCGCGCGAGUUGCUUCCUGAGCGGAGGGAAGCGAGGGCUCGGAAUCGGGAGCCGUUGCGGGGGGGAUUCUAGGGUUUCCGAUGGCCCUAGCCGUGGGUCUUCGACGAGGGCUCUUUGCCUCUUGGGAGAAGGUGGGACGGGGAGCGAGAGCGAGGGAGAGGAGGAGCAAGAUGGGGUGGUGAUGGAGGAGGAGGAGGAAAAGGCGGAGAUGAUGGCCUCUGCGGCGCCGGAGAGAUGGGACGUGUUGGGUCUCGGACAAGCCAUGGUUGACUUUUCCGGCGUGGUCGACGACGAGUUCUUGAAGAGAGUGGGCAUGGAGAAGGGCACAAGAAAAGUGGUCAAUCACGAGGAGAGGGGCCGAGUUUUGCGGGCCAUGGAUGGCUGCAGCUACAAGGCUGCAGCCGGAGGAUCUCUUUCUAAUACGUUGGUAGCUUUGGCCAGACUAGGUAGCCGAUCAUUCAGCGGCCCUGACUUACGUGUAGCCAUGGCAGGCAGUGUCGGCAGUGACCCACUGGGUGGUUUCUACAGAUCUAAGCUUCGCCGCGCAAAUGUACAUUUCCUUUCUAAACCCGUCAAAGACGGAACUACUGGAACGGUUAUAGUUCUCACUACUCCGGAUGCUCAACGUACUAUGCUUGCAUAUCAGGGAACAUCGUCUACUAUCGACUAUGAUCCAUACUUGGCUAGCAUAAUCUCUAAAACAAAUGUACUUGUCAUAGAAGGUUAUCUAUUCGAACUCCCUCACACAAUCGAAACUAUCAAGAAAGCCUGCCAAGACGCUCACAGGAAUGGGGCCCUAAUUGCUGUCACAGCGUCUGAUAUAUCAUGUAUCAAGAGAUGCUAUGACCACUUCCGGGAAAUUAUAGGAAACUAUGCAGACAUUUUAUUUGCCAACACGAACGAAGCAAGGGCCUUCUGCGACUUGACAUCGACAGAAAGCCCCAUGUCAGCGGCUCGAUACUUGAGCCAUUUCAUACCUUUGGUCUCUGUCACGGACGGGCCGCAAGGAUCCUAUAUAGGAGUGAAAGGCGAAGCCAUAUACAUUCCUCCUUCUCCUUGUAUACCUGUAGACACUUGUGGUGCCGGCGAUGCUUAUGCCUCAGGUAUGCUGUAUGGUAUUCUCAGAGGGGCCUCGGAUUUGAAGGGAAUGGGGAUGCUCGCCUCUCGGGUGGCGGCGGUUGUGGUGGGCCAGCAGGGGACGCGACUUAGGGUUCAAGAUGCUUAUGGAUUGGCCGAGUCAUUUGCGUUUCAUCUUGAUAGCUUAAAUGUUUGCUCGGAUAUGGAAUCAGAUCAUAUUUCCAGCCUAUGAUUUUUGUUAGGACAAAGGGGAAAUGAUUUUUAAUUGAAUCCAAUUCAUGUUGUGCGCUAGAAUCUGUAUAUAUUGUACUGCUAUAAGAAUUCGUCGGGGACAUAUUCUAAUUUAAAGUUUAGUGGAGCGGUCCCUUUAUUCAUAGUUUACUGAGUAUUUCACUUCAUUUAUAUGGUGUAUCUUACAUUAGGAAUAACAAGUUUGAUUUCAACU